ACCUUUUUCCCUCGUUAAAUCCACCCCCCUUCGCCGUCUCGCUUCACCACCAAAAGCCCCAAAUCCCUCGGCAAUGGCUUCUCUAGCGAAAGCAGCGAAGCUCGUCGUUUUCCCCUUACUCCUACUCCACCUUCUCUCCUUGUCCGCGGCCCUCUCCGUCGGCGUCAACUACGGUGCCUUCGCGGACAAUCUCCCGCCGCCGGCUCAAGUCGCCGCCUUCCUCAAGGACCGCACCUUCGUCGACCGUGUGAAGCUCUUCGACGCCAACCCGGACAUCAUUCGUGCCUUCGCUGGCACCGGAAUCUCCCUCAUGAUCACGGUCCCCAACGGGGACAUCCCCUCCCUCGCCUCCCGUCGCUCCUCUGCCCCAUCCCCUGCUGCCUCCGCCUGGGUUGCCAUAAACGUCGCCCCCUUCUACCCUGCGACCAACAUCUCCCUCAUCGCCGUCGGAAACGAGGUUCUCGCCACCUCCGACCGCAACCUCAUCGCCCAUCUCGUCCCCGCUAUGCGCUCCCUCUCCGCGGCACUUGCCGCAUCCGGCUUCCCCCAGAUCAGGGUCUCCACCCCCCACUCCCUCGGUAUCCUCUCUGCAUCCGAGCCGCCCUCCACCGGCCGCUUCCGCCCCGGCUACGACCGCGUCAUCUUCGCCCCGAUGCUUGACUUCCACCGCCGGACGCGCACCCCGUUCGUGGUGAACCCCUACCCCUACUUCGGCUACACAGCGCGCACUCUCGACUACGCCCUCUUCCGCCCCAACCCGGGGGUGUUCGACCCGGCCACGGGGGUGAACUACACCAACAUGUUCGUGGCGCAGCUGGACGCGGUGCAAGCGGCGAUGCAGCGACUGGGGUACGGAGACGUAGAGAUCGCCGUGGGGGAGACGGGGUGGCCGUCGGCCGGGGACCCGGGCCAGCUCGGUGUGAGCGUGGAGGACGCGGUCUCCUACAACGCCAACCUGAUACGUCUGGUGAACUCUGGGAAGGGAACGCCGAUGAUGCCGGGCCGGCGGUUCGAGACGUACGUGUUCGCGCUGUUCAACGAGAACCUGAAGCCCGGGCCGACUGCGGAGCGGCACUUUGGGCUCUUCAACGCCGACCUCUCCCCGUCCUACGACGUCGGCCUUAUGCGCGACAGCGACAAUGCGCCGGCGCCCUCGGGUGAUUCCUGGAGGUGGUGCGUGGCAACGGCGGACGCGAGCCUAGCGGAGCUGCAGAACAACAUCGACUACGCGUGCGGCAGCGGCGGGGCGGAUUGCGGGGCCAUACAGAACGGCGGCGCGUGCUUCGACCCCAACACGCUCUUGGCCCACGCCUCUUAUGCCAUGAACGCCUACUACCAGGCCGCCGGCCGCCAUGACUUCAACUGCUACUUUGGCGGCAGCGGCGUCCUCACCUCGACCGACCCAAGUUACGGGAACUGCAGAUAUCAGACGUGAGUUGCUGAAGCGUUGUUGCUCUUAAAUAGGGAGUAUCCUUCCGUAAGACUUAGAGAUGAUGUCGAUCAUACUUACCUUUAAGUAUGUAUGAUUUCCGGAUACGGUAGCAGUGUUGUAUUCGGUGCUUUAUGUUAUGUGAAGUAGCUGUCUUUUCCCAAUACAAAAAAUUCUUUUUCCUGUU